GAAAAACUUUGAUUUAAAAUCAUUAAAAUUAUUGUUGUUCGGCAUUGGUUCGCCAGCGAUAUUUAUUUAGAAAACCACGGUGCCCACGGUCUACAAAUGGCAUUCGGCUUAAGCGAAAGGUUCUUAUCGCCACCGAAAUCAUAUUAUCUUUUAGAUCCUGGAGCUUAUCAAAAUACAUUUACACCUUUACUACGUUUAAAUAAAGCACCAUUCCUCUCAAAAUCUGCACGGGGUUCCAAUACUGGGACUAGAAUAUGGACGCAUGCUCUAUAUGAUUCCGACAUGCCAUCAAAAAUUCCAAAUUGCACAAGUCUCAUGUCAAAGGUUCCACGAUUUUCUUAUGAAGCAUUAGCGAAAGAAGAUAUUGAAAAAAUUCUUUGUGAUUGUGGUAUUGAAAAUCCAUGUGAAUGCCCUGUUGAAGACGACAAAGAAGAAAUCAAAGAAGAAAAUAUAAUGUGCCAGGGUAAAGUUCAGAGGCAAUUAUUUAAAGGGCCCUGCUCAAAAAAAUCACCUGCACCGUCAAAAAAAGAUCACGAUUUUAACGUUUUGCUUGAUGGAACUAAAAUACGAAAAUUGGAAAAUGUUAAAGACAUUUUUCCCCCAUUCUAUGACACGCGUAUUAUUGAAUCUACUGCAUUUUACCAGGGUUGUAAAUGGAGUAAAUGGACAUCGCGAAGAGAGCAAAAAGCAUUAGAAGUCAGGCCUGGGCCUGCUGACUACACUAUUGAAAAUGUCCCUAGUUGUGAGGCUCUUUGUGCUGAAAAAGUACGAGCUUUAAAACGUAAGACGUCUAAACAAUAUCGUUUUAUUGAAAUGGUGCAACGACGAAAUGUUUUGGAGGGCAGACCUGGACCGGCAGAUUAUACGCCAAAUUAUCCCAAAGGACCACAAUUACAAUGGCUUGGAUCCAGAGCUGAAAGAUUUAUCACAGGCAAAUAUGACAUAAAACCUAGUCCUACGGAAUAUUGUAUAAAACGAGACUUUGAUAAAGUUGAACCCCUGCAGAAAUCUUGUCAUAUGAAGUUAGCUGAUCCGGCUUUUUUUGGAACUAAAUCUGUCAGGUUUAAGCCUCGCCGAGAAGAAGGUCCAAGUCCUGCGACAUACGACACUUGCUAUAGGCAGAAGCCAUUGAAAUAUUGUAAUAUCGCCCCAUUUGGAGCGUCUUCUGAACGUUUUAAAAAACAAAAGAUAAUAAUUGAAGAUAAUGAUACUGAAGAUGAAUUGGUAGAAAGUACACCAAAACACACUUACAAUAAAUGUAUAACGAAAGAACUUCCCACAUGGGGCUUUAAAUCGAAGACAAAAAGGUUCAAAUCACUUAUGAAAAAAAUUGAAGAACCUAGUCCAGCAGAUUUACCCCAGUCGAAUGUUGAAGUUAUGAGAUCACAUCAGUUACAAUGCAAUAGUCCAUUCUUUUCUUCGGAAGGACGGUUUCAACCUUGGUUUAAUUGGAUUCCUGUAUAUGGAAAGGACAAAACUCCAGGACCUGCUUAUUAUUGUCUUGAUAAACCAAAAUGUCUUCCAGCUGUGACUUGUGGUCCGAUGUGUCGUACUCGACGAUUCCCAGAUUCUGCUUAUCAAACACCUGCACCCAAUGCGUAUAGAGUUGAUGGAGGAAUAGAAACCAUAUUGAACACACAUAAUCAAAGACUGAAAGACAACAUUGCAAUGAAACAUGAAUUCCAUUGGUCACCACGUGUAGAGCCGAAAAAAUUAAGCUCACAUAUGCAGGAGACCAUUUUGUUGAAUAAAUCUAUCGAACUAUUAGAAAUUCGUGAUAUUUUCGAAUAUAAAAAAUCUGUAAGUAAGAAAUCUUUACCCAAGUAUAGGUACUACGCGUACAAAGACUAACAUACCUACCGGUACGAUGCUCUGUAGAAACCAAAGGCGUAUGGGCUAGC